AUGGAGCGAGUCGCCGCUAAAGAGGCGCUGCUGCUUGCUAUUAAGGAUGCAGGCGGAGUGGAGUCGUUGUCAACAGGACAGGGCAACGCGGCAGGGAAGAUUCAAGUGUCUGAGAGAGUGGUGGCUCUAGAGCGACUCAACCCCACCACUCGUCCCACCAGCUCCCCUCUACUGGAGGGCUAUUGGGACUUUGUGUGGGCGGGAGCAGGAAGCCCUGGACUCAUCGCCGCCCGCCUUGUGCUACAGCGUCUACCCCCUCAGGUGGCGUCGCUGCAAGCCCUGCAGUUGCACAUCAUGCCUGGCAGCACCAUCACUGCCACAGCUGUCGUUCGAUUCCUCAAUGUGGCUGAGACAAACGUCAUUAUCAAGUCAAAGCUUGAAAUGGAAGCCUCACUCAAGCUCAAGGAGGAGUACGCGGAGAUCGAGGUGACCACUCCCAUCGUGACAGGUGGCAGCAUCCCAGCGCCCCUCACAGCCAUUGUGGAUCAGCUCUCAUCUCUCCUCAAGUCGCUGCCUGCUGCUCUGCAAGACACCAUUAACGCCGGCCUGCGUGUGCCCCUGGAUGGGAGAUACUCGCGAGAGCUGCUCGUGUCAUACCUGGAUGAUGAACUGAUGGUUGCGCGAGACGAGGCAGGGUUGGUGGAUGUGUUGGUGCGAGCUGACAGUGAAGGAUGGGUGGGCCGAAGUGACGACGAGGGUGGAGUGAAUUCCUUCACAGAUGAUCCCACCGAUUACAUCAGCUGA